CAUGGCCAUAUGUGUGCAAUUUUGUUCUCAAAUCAAUUAUUUCUUUCUAAUGAAGCAUAAUAGCUUUUAAAAUUUAGAUUAAGGUUGUCUUCCCUUCACAAAUGCUUGUCGCCCUGCAAUUAAGUGGACCACAGGGGUGAGGUAGAAUCUGGCAUCUCUCUCUCUCUCUCUCAUGGAUGUUGGCCUAAUUUAGUAGGACAUGCCACAAGAUAAAGCCAGAAGGAAGGAAAUAUAAAAGGACUUUAAAAUGUAUGGAUGUUGGCCUAAUUUAGCAGGAUGCACUACAAAAUAAGCCAGAAGAAAGAAAAUAUAAAAGGACUUCAAAACGUCAAUAGUGGAGAGGAGUUGCUUUCAUCUCCCACUCCUAUCCGGAAGAUUGGGUAUGUUGAAACUUGAAAGAGAAGGGUGUCGGACAAAUUCCUAUUAAUUAAGUCUACAUAUUACUUAGUCCUUCCUAUAAGAGGGUAGAAACUGGCUGAGGCUCAUUCAAUCCCCUCAAGAACCCGGCAUGGCCUUCAGACGAGGGCUUGCUACUCUCCUCCUAGUUUCCUUCCUGUUCGGCUUCCUCUCCAGCUUUGAGGAGGGUGAUCUGAGCCUAAACUACUACUCAGAGAGCUGUCCCAGAGCUGAGGACAUAGUGAAGGAAGAGGUGGCGAAGCUGUACCACAAACAUGGCAACACUGCUGUCUCUUGGGUUAGAAAUCUCUUCCAUGAUUGCAUGGUCAAGUCCUGUGAUGCCUCGCUUCUAUUGAAGACAACCAACUCAAUAAUAUCAGAGCAGACCUCCCAGCGGAGUUUCGGCAUGAGAAACUUCAAGUACAUCACAACGAUCAAGGACGCACUCGAGAGGGAGUGCCCUAAGACGGUCUCAUGUGCUGAUAUCGUUGCUCUCUCUGCAAGAGAAGGUGUUCUUUGGCUUGGAGGCCCAUACAUUCCCAUGAAAACUGGAAGAAGAGAUAGCAAGGAAAGCCACGUAGAUAUGGUGGAGAACUCCAUUCCUAAUCACAAUGAAUCCAUCUCUCUGGUUCUCUCACGAUUCCAGUCAGUAGGAAUCGAUACAGAGGGUACAGUCGCUCUCUUAGGAGCUCAUUCAGUCGGCCGAGUUCAUUGUGUGAACCUUGUUGGUAGGCUCUAUCCCACCAUUGAUCCCACAAUAGAUCCUGCAUGUGGUGAAUACCUUCGAGGCCGGUGUCCCACACCAAACCCUGACCCAAACGAGGUAUCAUACUCGAGGAAUGACCGAGAGACACCGAUGGUCAUUGACAACAUGUACUACCAGAACUUGUUGAAGAACAGGGGGCUGUUACUGGUAGAUCAGCAGCUCACUUCUGAUCCUACCACCUCUCCAUUUGUGGAAUUGAUGGCAGCUAAUAACAGCUACUUCCAUGAACGGUUUGCGAGUGCUCUUCUCUUGCUAUCAGAGAACAAUCCACUGACCAUAGAUCAAGGUGAGAUAAGAAAAGACUGCAGGUUUGUCAAUGCUGAUUAAUGGGAGGCGUUGCAAACCGCCCCCAAACCUGUUGCCUCUACGUUUUUUAAGGACGGUGUGAUCACUUGUAUUUUGACAACUAAAUAGGUUGAGCGUGGGCAUAAAAAGACCAGCCAACAAGACGUGCAUUACCUCCAAACAACUUAUUUCGAUGUUAUGAAAAUAAAAAUGCAGUGCAUUGUUGUAGAAUAAAAUACCCAUACAGAAA